CAUGAGAGGGGUGGAGAGAUUGAGGAGCCAUCUCACUUCCAAUUUUCACAAGCUCACAUGAAGAGGUUCUAAAACACAUUUAUUUAGCCUCUUCCGAUCAACAGACAAUAAAGAAACCGCUUUGUGUUUGGUGCCCAACUUGUUUUAAUUCCAUAUCAAUGGUUGUUUAGCUACUCAGAAAAACUGAGGCUUUUCAGCUGAAGCAGCUUCCGCCCGUUGAGAUCGUCCGGUUGUCUCGGCUGGAAGACGGGUGACCACCUGUGAGGUCGUUGAGCCAUGAGCAAGUCUGUCCUGGUCACCAUGGAAACCAAGGGGAACCGAUGUUCUAGGAGGUUCAUGGAUCUCUGAGGCGUCGGGUCAUCAGCUUCCCGUUGUUGAGCUUGAGUUUUCGCCAGACCGUGAGGACGCAACCUUAAGGACUGAGCUCAUUGCAGAGAGAUCAGAAAGAUGCACCCCAGACCUGUGACAUAUGACCUGUGACAUGUCAACCGAGGAGCAGGACUACAACUCAGAUAUCUACCAAAAAACUACGACCAUCACAAUGCAUCAUAAAACCUCACCAGCAACAAUCCUAACCCCCAAAACCUGUUGACCUUUUACAACCACAGGACAGGACUACCGCCCCUCCCUCUUAGAAAAGUACAAAUCCCACACCACUUGGUAACCAUGAAUGGCAGUGCUGAGCCGGGGACCUCGGUGAAGUGCGUCCUCGUGGGCGACAGUGCCGUAGGCAAGACCUGCCUGCUGGUCCGCUUCACCUCCGAGACCUUCCCUGACUCCUACAAGCCCACGGUGUUCGAGAACACGGGUGUGGAGGUUUUCAUGGACGGCGUGCAGAUCAGCUUGGGGCUGUGGGACACGGCGGGGAAUGACACCUUCAGGAACAUCCGGCCCAUGUCCUACCAGCAGGCAGACGUGGUGCUGGUCUGUUACUCCGUGGCCAACCCUGCCUCGCUGGCUAGCGUGAGGAACCGCUGGGUCCCGGAGGUCCGGGGGCAGCUGCCAGGGGUCCCGCUGCUGCUGGUGGCCACGCAGACUGACCAGCGGGAGAUGGGCCCGCACCGCGCCAGCUGUGUCCCUGCCACCGAGGGCCGGCGCCUGGCGCAGGACGUCCGUGCCAAGGGCUACCUGGAGUGUUCGUCGCUCAGCAACCGAGGCGUGCAGCAGGUGUUUGAGUACGCGGUGCGGACAGCUGUGAACCACACCAGGAGACGUGCUCGGCGACGAGCAUUCAAUUUCAACAACUGCAAGGUGUUCUGACCUUCAACCUGUCACCUCGACCCCUCACUUGGUUGGUCACCAGCGACCAGUUGUCUAGGGAACACAGCUGUGUGUUUGGUGUGAAGAGUGUGAGACGGAUUUGACACGAGUUGAACAAAACACCAAUUAAAUCUUGGUUGUGUGAAAUAAAUCAGACUUUACUUUUUACUUUUUUAUAAAGUGUUCACUGACAAAUUGUGCCUUUUUUGUUGUGGCUUCAGUGUCACUGUCUGAGUUGAAAGAAUCAACACAAACUUAAAUAACAUUCAUUUAAAUCAAACUUUGUUUCAAUCAUCGUAAAGGUUGAAGAUUCUUUAAAUACAAUAUUUGGGAUUUUUGAAGAGAUGAUGAUUCAACCUUGUUUUGUAUGUCUUGUUUCACAGGUAUAUUGAAUAUGAUUUUUUAAAUUAUUUUGAUACAUUCACAGUCACAAUUGUUUAUUAUUCUAUAUCCUAAAGUUAAAAGCUAAAUAAAUACAUUAGGUAAUUUAUAUUAUAUUGGUUGUGGUAUUGUGUGAAUGUGUUUUAUAUUACAAAUAGCUGGAUACACCACUAUGGUUAUAGAAUAAAACAAUUGGAGAUUCUAUAAUUUUCGUGAAUGAUUGUGUAACAAAGACCAAAACAAGAACAAAAGGUUGAUUACUUAUUAGUGAAAAAAUAUGUAAUUAAA